UUUAUAUGUCAACUCAAGAAUUGGAAAAUGGCCGCGAAACAUAAUUCUAUUGUGAAUGAUGGGCAAACAACAUCCGAAGAUAUUCCAUUGACGUCCUUAGAGGAAAGUCUUCUUAGCUUAGAAAAGCUCGAUAGAGCCUCACCAGAACUAUGGCCUGAACAAAUUCCUGGUGUUUCGGAGUUUGCGAGUUUACAGAAUGUCGAUCAAUCUCCUCCGUCGUGGAAAGGACUUACCAAAGAGGACUACGCUCACAUGCGACAACUUGGAUCGUUGACAACAAGUGGUCUGAUAAUGGAAGUGAAACGUCUCCAUGAUGUUGCUUAUCAGCUUGGACUUGAAGAAGCUAAGGAAAUGACAAGAGGAAAGUAUUUGAACAUAUUCAAAUCUCGACGGCAGAGAUAACUAAAAUUAAUAUAGUGUAGCCAUUUAAAAUAGAAAAUUGUUUAAAUUAAUUUUAAUUUUAGCCAUGUAAAGUU